GCUGAGGUAUUGGCAGAGUAUAUAGAAGAGAGGGCAGAAAUACUGAAGGAUAAAAGUGUGAUAGAACUGGGUGCCGGGACAGGACUUGUUGGCAUGGUUGCUGCUUUGCUAGGAGCUAAGACAACAAUUACAGACCGUAUAGAGGUGUUGAAGUAUUUACAGACAACAGUCGAGACUAAUUUACCACCAGAUGUAUACCAGUCUACACAAGUUUUACCACUAGACUGGUGUAAGGAUUUAGACAAGUUCCACACAACCUAUGAUGUGAUCCUCGGUGCUGAUAUUGUAUACAUUGAGGAGGUGUUUGAAGAUUUGCUCAGAACUCUGAUACAGCUUAGUAAUAAGGAAACCGUUAUUUUCCUGUCUUGUAGAAUAAGAUAUGACCGAGAUACUAACUUUAUAAAAAGACUGGAAGAACAUUUUGUUGUGUUAACAUUGCUCUAUGAUAAAGAUAAAGAUGUAAAUUUGUAUAAAGUGACUAAAAGGUAAACAUAAUGUGACUAGGUAAACAUAAUGUCACUAGGUAAACAUAUUGUGACUAAAAAUAAACAAUAGGUGAAAUUGGAACUUGUCUUGAGGUUAAAAACUUCUUUUUCAAGUUCUGUCUCAAGUAUCUGGAUUUUCAUUGGUCAGUGUACAUUCUGUGACAAUGUCUGACCAAUCAAAUAACUGAGAUUUUUAAAACCUCCAGUAUGGACCUUGCUAGUGUUUACAGUUUUAUGUCAAUUGGCUAACUUGUUAUCCAGUUGCUACAAUGUGAUACCGUAUAAGUGGUUUUUUCUGCGGUGACUUUAUUUCUGCGUUUUCUGCGGUCAGUUUCAGCACCGCAGAAAUAAAAACCGCAGAAUAUUUCUCCAUUUUUUUUAACGAUACGUGUCCUACGUUAUGACCUGUUGCCUCUAAAGUAAUAACGACUAACGGAUUAUAACGGUUAGCGGGUCAUCGAGUUAUAAAAAAUUGCUUUCGGCUAAGUAUGUAAUAUGUGCUUGUAAGGAUGUACCUAUUGUUAAUUAUGCCAAUUUAUGAAUAAAGAUAUUUAAACAUAGUGUUUGCCUGUACGCUAAAAAGGUUUGUUUACCACUAAAUCAUUACAACCAUUUUAACCCCUAUACUGCUAAAUAAUCGUCGUAUACAUUAAUUAUUGUCUUAUUUAUGAUAAACUGCUAUCAAUUUUAUUAAAUUAAUGAUACUACAGGGGUAUAUUUUUCACACGCCAUUUCACGCUGAUCAAAAGAUGCGUGCUGUCUAUUGUUGCACAUUAUAUUUGUUUGCAAGCAAACAAUAUAAUUGUUUGUAAUUACUAUAUAGUUUUGCGGUGACGACAAUAAACAAAAUUUUAAUACGAAUGUGUACAUGUAAAUAAAAUAGGUUGAGUAAUGUGACUUAGACUUUGAUAAGAUGAGCCGCAGAAUUAAAGUCACGUUUUGUCCAAAGAAUGUGCCGCAGAAAUAAAAACAUGCCAAAAUUUGAAAAAAACGUAGAAUUUGGAGCCCGCAGAAAAAAACACUUAUACGGUAAUACAUAGUCCCUGGUUUGCCCAAAAGAACACAUGGUUAUGUUUGUGAUACUGUUUGUGAGCAGUUUUUGCCUAGCAAUGAAUGGAAAAGGUGUGACUAAACAUUCCGCUACAAAAAACCUGGAAAGGUCCAUUUAAGUUAAGGGCAAACUGAGCUCAAAGUAUUUUCACUAUAUUUGUAACAUUAUAUUAUUUUAUAUAUUCAAUUUCAGAAUCUAGAAUAGUGUUUAUACAAUCAUGUGUAUAAUUUUGAUCUUAUUAGUUGGAUUUUAAGUCACAGCUGAAUCAUCCAUGGUUGCCACUUGCCUCUCACUGCUGUAGGUUCGAGCAGCGCCAGUGUCUUAGGAUUCUUCAUGAUAGAGAGCUAUCCAGGUAGCUUAUGGAACGUCAGUGGUUCUACUCAGGUGCCUAUUUAUGUCUGAAAUAACGCACAGAGGGGCACCUGAUUAGGUCUUCGUUCACCAGUAAAGCUGCAAAGUUGCUAUAUGACAUGAAAAAAAAAAGCCCUAAAAACAGAUCAUUAAAGUCGUCGGGGAUGAUUUAUAAUUAUCUCCCCCUGAGAUCAUACAGCAAUGUUACAGGCUUUCAUCAGUGGAUGACGACGAUGACAUCAGAUAUUUCUUUAAGCAUACUUCCAAAGGAGAAGUCACCCUGGUACCAUAGCGAAGGACUAAAGUUUUUUAUGAAGCCAGCUGGGCAGCCUUUAUGUUAAUAUAUCAUUGUAUCUUAAUUCUUUACCAUACUUAGUGCCUUAAGUUUGAUUUAUAUAGAAUUUAAUUGUGUUUGUAAUUAAGUGAAUACAGUCAUAUUGGCUAUGUUACUUGGUCAAGAUGAGUGAUAUUGUACCAAAAGCUGGCUUAUUUUACUUUAUAUUAAAAAGUAGUUGUUAAAUACUACAUACCAAUAUAUUUUGUUAAAUUACUUUUAACUUCGAGUUAAGACAGGUUACAAAGUGUCAACACAUUAGUUAUUGUAAAUCGUGGGUCAGUUUAAGAUGCAACAUGAACAUUUAUAGUACCGGGUACUGUGUUUUCUUGUAUUGAAAUGUGUUGUAUUGUAUUGGAAUGUGUUGUUUUGUAUUGAAAUGUGUUGUUUUGUAUUGAAAUUUAAUUUUUAUUAUUCUACAUGGAAGUUGGUUGUUUGCUACAUACAUACUGCAUAGUAUAUUUUAUAUCAAACAUAAUUUUUACAUAUAUAAUGAAGAAUAAAAAUGUUUAAA